UGCUAGUGACCGGAGUGGUGUUUCGUGUGCUCGCGAGGACAACUAGGACUGCCAGCAUGAAGAUUAUCACUUGCUUGACGAUCAUCCUAUAUAUUGUUGCUCUACCGAUAACAAGUCAGCUGUCAGCUGAAAAUGCGACAGGUACAGCUGAUUCUGUCCAAGAAGAGAUAACAGAUCAACGCAAAGUGGACAUGACCACAGCUGCUAAAGAAGAUGAAGGUUACAUGAUGAUGUCACAUUUCACAAGUCUUCUUAGUAACGGGAAUUCUGCGCCUGAAAGCGGUGAAUCUACUCCUACACCGCCAACGAGUAUCCAAAACAGAUCGAAUACUGGCGCUUUUAAAGGGUCCCUGAAGCUCGGUGAUGAUGGAAAGACUGACGCAAAUGACGCUACAGCAGUUCCAUCGGUCUCCGAGUUACAGCCAACCUCCACAUCACCGUUUGCACUACCGAGUGGCAAUGAGAACCUCCUGCAGCAGAAUACGGAAGACACUGGGACUGAUUAUAGACACGUGUACACCUUGCCAUCGCAACAAGGAGAGUUAAUGCAGCGUAAUGAUAGUAAAAAUUACGAAGAUCCGUACGUGAGCUUCGUACCUCAUACUGAAACCAAUAGUCAAGCACCCACUAUCUCACCAUCAGCGUCGUUCACAACACCUGGAAAGGUUGAGAAUCACGCACAGCAGGAUGGCAAAUCCCAGACCACCACAUUAGAGGACAACUAUGAAGAUGGUAUCACCACUCCCCAAUAUGUGCCCUUCACACCUGCUGCUAAUAUCAAAAACUUCAACGAGCAGGGUGGAACCUCACCAGCUAAGGAUGUUGAGACAUCCAUGAGAUCACCAUCGACAUCAUUCAUGACUCCAGAUGAAAAUGAGGUCAUAUGGCAGACUGGUGAGCCCAACGGCACAAAAGUUGAGACCAGUAAUCACAAUGAUGCAGAGACCACUACAACCCAGGAUGAGGACUACACACCGCGCUGUUAUACAAAUAAUUUCAACGAGAAUGUUGAUGAAUUCAACGCUACUAUUUCCUCUUCAUCUCAGGAAACUGGAACACCCACCAUCUCACCAUCAGUUCUUGGUGCUGAAGACGGAUUGAAGCAGAAGAAUGUUGAAACCACUGCUAGAACAUUUGAGGCUAACUAUGAUGAUGCAGGGUCAACCACACCUCACUAUGAACACUUCGCAUUACGCACUAGUACUAAUAAUCCCAAUGAACACGAUGGGAAAUUCAUCACUACUACUGAAUCAUCAGCUCAAGAAACUGGAAUAGUUACCACUUCACCAUCAACGUCGCCUAUUGUCCCGAAUAAUGAUGUGAGUGGCACGCAACAAAAUGGAGAACCCACUGUCACAACAUUCGAGGUCGAACAUGAUGCUAAAGGGACCACUACACCACAGUAUGAUUUCAUACUGCGCACUACUACCAAGAAUUCCACAUUGCAGGACAAUGGUUUCAACACUACCACGGUUUCGUCAGCUCACGAAAUCGGGACUAUUACCACCUCCCCAACAAAAUUGUUCACUGUUUCUAAUAACGAUGUGAGUGACACGCAGCAGAAAGGAGAAAACACCACUGUAGCAUUCGAGAGCGAAAAUGAUGCUGAAGUGAGCACCACACCGCAGUAUGUUGACUUCAUACACCGCACUGUUACCGAGAAGUCCAGUGAGCAGGAUGAUGAUUUCAGCGCUAUAACUGGGUCGUCAGCUCAUGGGGUUGGAAUGACCACCAUCUCGCCAGUAAAGCUAUUGACGAUACCUAAUGAUGGCGAGGGUCUUACGCUGAAGAAUGUUGAAUCCACCACCACAACAUUGGAGACCGACCGUGAUGGUAUGGUUACACCACCCACUGUCACCAAGAAUUUCAUGGAAGAGGCUGGUGAGCUCGACAUUAACAUCCCUUCAUCAUCUCACGAUAUUUUGCCAACCAGCACUUUACCAUCAGAGCCAGUGGCAGAGCAAGCAGAUGAUGAAAAUUGCACACAGCGGGAAUGUGAUUCCGUUGGCACCACAGUUGCUGUGUAUCCGGAAGAUAACUUUACCACCAUGCCACCACUAACACCAGCCACCGUGCCUGUGGAUGGUGGUAAUGCUGAAGAGCAUAGUCGUGAAACAAAUACCACCUUCAGUCGGGAACCUAAUAAAGAUGAGUCUACUACCACACCAUCGUUCCCUCAGCCGGUUAACGAUAGUAAUAUCACAUUGCAAAUCAAUAAAUGUAAGGGCACCAACGUUGGUACCAACGAGGAAAAGCACUCUACGAUGUCAUUUCUAGCGAUUUUCAAAAUACUGGCAGGUAUAUGUGACGAGCCAGAUGUCACAACGACUCCGCCAUCUAAUGAAGAGACUUCAUAUAAUACAACAGCGAAACAAGACACUACAACUAUCUCUAAGGACGAAGCAGAGGAUGGCAACGAAACUAAAAGCCAUUAUCCAUCAUACACUGGAUCUUCUCCUGACGAAUUACUAAUGUUGUACAAACUACACAUUAGAAUGCUCAAGACAAUGUCUAUAACCUUAGGGGUGGCAGUAGCUCUCAUGUUGAUCAGCUUUGGAUUGAAAUACUGCAGGAAGUAUAGACGAGGCGAGCGCACAGCAGUUUCUCCUCCCACUGCUGAACUUCGUGAAGCAGGUCAACCUUCCACAUCUCAGGCUUCUACUUCCGAAGAGCCCGUUAUAAGAUUUCGAGAUUUGCUCUCUCGUGAAGAGAAUAAUUAGUGUGGUGUCCACAAGUAUGUGGGCACCUGGUGUCAACACUUCAAGUGAUAACUAUUUUCAGUGACUCGAUCACCGUUAGUUGAACAAUUUCAGAACAGUCAGUUAUGUCACUGACAGCAUUCGCAAUUUUGAUGAGUGUAGCGUAACUCGUGAUAACCAUUUAUUAUUUACUAUGAUAACAGUUAACGGGACAUACAAGUUUUACGAUCUGAACUAAGUCCUGGUGAACACGUCCACUGUAGUGAAGCUUUCAUCUUCGAGAGUCUGUUUACGGAAUGUAGUUUCUGAUGACUUAUUUGAGAUGUUAAUCAAUUUCAUUUCGAAGUUCCCAUCGUUGCUUUUGUUACAUAUUAAGUGAAUUCACUGAGCAUUGAUGAGAUAAUUAUCAGGGCUUUAUUAAAUAAUGACACUUCGUGGUGACUCUGAAUUUACAGUUGGCAUUUAUAGUUUUGAUUUUCUGUCUAUUGUUGCAUUUUGAACAAUAGGUAUGAGUAUGGACAAGAUUUUAAGUUUGUGUUGCAAUUCUCAACAUGAAAAGUGUUCUUAUGUGAAGCCAACUGAACCAUUGGACCACAUAUAUGUUGAAGCUUGAUGUUUGUAGUUGCAAGUGUAUUGAAUGACUAAAUAUUUGCGUCACACACCGCACAAAACCUAUAAAAAUAAAAUGUCUUUGUUUACUAAAUUUAUGUAUUGUACAUGUAAGAAAAAAAAUAAAAAAGCAUUAAAACUA